AUGACCAUAUCCCAUUAUCACGAAUACCAGGUCAUUGGCAGGAAACUGGCCACUGAAAAAGAGCCAAUUCCCAAGCUAUACCGGAUGAGAUUAUUUGCUCCAAAUACUACUGUCGCAAAGUCUCGUUUCUGGUACUUUUUGAAGCAAGUCCGUAAGGUCAAGAGAGCAUCUGGUGAAAUCGUUGCUGUUAACGAGAUCUUUGAAAAGAAGCCAUUGGUCAUCAAAAACUACGGUAUCUGGCUACGAUACAACUCUCGAUCUGGUACCCACAACAUGUACAAGGAAUACAGAGAAUUGACACGAACAGACGCUGUUGCUUCUUGCUACCAAGAUAUGGCUUCAAAGCACCGAGCUCGAUUCAGUUCCAUCCAAAUCAUCAAGGUCGCCCUUGUCAAGAACGAAGAUGUCAGACGUCCACACAUCAAACAAGUCUUGGUACCUGGUCUCAAGUUCCCUCUUCCUCACCGAGUUCAAAGAGCUGCAUCCAAGGCUCAUGCCAACACCUUCAUCGGUCAUCGCCCAUCUACUUACGUGGCUUAG